AAUUGUUAGUAUAUCCAAGUAUUAACAGACGUAGUUGUCACGACGGUCAGCGUGUUGAAUCUCUUUACGUCUUGGCUUCUCACAGUUGUUCGUUUGUCACGAGCACGAAACGAGGAUGAUGAUGGUUGAGUGCGGUCAAAUUUACGCUCUACCUCGUGCAAUAGAAACAACAAUGUGUCUUCAUUCUGACACCAAAACGCGUUGCAUCGCAUAACUAACAAGCAAACGAAGGGAAGAAUUUAACACCAUACGCGGUCACCUUGAACUGCGUGAGUUACUGUGACAAAGAGUCCAUGCGUUUGUGUUAUUAUCAGUCAUGGCUUCAGUAAAGGUGGCCGUAAGAGUCAGGCCCUUUAAUAAAAGGGAGCUGGCCAUGAACGCGAAACUGAUCGUUCAAAUGGAUGGCAAAAGGACACGGAUAUUCAGUAGCAAGAGUCCUGGAAGCUGCAGUGAUAAAGAGAAAUACAAAGAUUUCACAUUUGAUCAUUCCUACUGGUCUUUUGAACCUUCUGAUGAAAAUUAUGCUUCUCAGGAAGAGGUCUUCUCCGAUCUCGGAACAGACGUCAUAGAAAGUGCCUUUGCAGGUUACAACGCCUGCGUCUUCGCCUACGGUCAAACAGGUUCUGGUAAAACCUUCACGAUGAUGGGCUCACCGGAGUCUCAAGGCCUUAUUCCAAGAAUCUGCAAGACUUUAUUUGCAAGAAUGGCGGCUGGAAAAGAGACCGGGGCAUCAUAUAGAACUGAGGUUUCCUUUCUAGAGAUCCACAAUGAACGAGUUAGGGAUUUAUUGAGGCCGGAUCAAACGCAAUCACAUUCUCUUAAAGUUAGAGAACAUCCUAAAAGAGGUCCUUACGUUCAAGACUUAUCAAAUCACCUUGUUUACGAUUAUUCAGAUAUACAGGAAUGUAUGGUUAGAGGAAACACGCACAGGACGACUGCUAGCACAAAUAUGAAUGAUGUGAGCAGCAGAAGUCACGCAAUAUUUACAAUAACAUUUGUCCAAGCAGGAUUUUCGGAGGGUAAUAUGCCUUCAGAAACUGUUUCCAAGGUUCAUCUUGUCGAUUUAGCUGGCAGUGAACGCGCAAAUGCAACGGGAGCAACUGGUCAAAGAUUAAAGGAAGGUGCACACAUCAAUAAAUCUCUUGUAACUCUAGGAUCUGUGAUAUCAGCAUUAGCAGACAUCAGUUCUUCUACGGACUCCAAUUGUUCAAGAAGAAGUGUUUUUAUUCCAUAUCGUGACAGUGUACUGACUUGGUUACUGAAAGACUCUUUAGGUGGUAAUUCUAAAACGAUAAUGAUAGCUGCAAUAAGUCCUGCUGAUUGUAACUAUGGAGAAACAUUGAGCACGCUUAGAUAUGCUAAUAGAGCCAAGAAUAUCAUAAAUAAACCUACUAUCAACGAAGAUCCAAAUGUCAAGCUUAUUAGAGAAUUAAGAGAAGAAAUUCUCAAGUUGAAGUCAAUGAUUGGCAAAGAUAUGAGCAUUGAAAGGCCCCCACAACAAAAAGAGCUUUUAGCUCAGAUUCAUGAAAAACAGGAACAAGAAAAAGUUCUUACAGAAGAAUGGACGGAAAAGUGGCGAGAAACACAAAAAAUACUUCAAGAACAACGAGCAUUAGGAUUAAGAAAAAGUGGAGUUGGUGUAGUUUUAGAUUCAGAGAUGCCACACCUUGUAGGCAUAGAUGAUAAUCUAUUAAGUACUGGAGUAAUUCUUUAUCAUUUAAAAGAGGGGAAAACAUUUGUGGGGACUGAGGAAGCGAAAACAAUUCAGGACAUUGUUCUGACGGGUGCAGACGUUGAACCUGAACAUUGUACAAUAGAACUAAAUAGCGGAGUUGCUACCCUUCAUCCUCUAUCAUCAUACUGUUGGAUCAACAUGGUUCAAAUAGAUAAACCAACGAGACUGUCGCAGGGUUGUAUUAUUUUACUUGGUAGAAAUAAUAUGUUCAGGUAUAAUGAUCCAGCAGAAGCCGCUAAACUGAGGAAAGAAGGCGGAACAGGCAAUGGAAAUCUUCAAUCAGCUGUAGUCAAUUUAUCUCGAUUGUCUUUACUCAGUUGGAGUGUCUCUGAUCUUCAUGCUUCAUCUUCAAGUGAUAAUUUACUGAAUUCUAGUGAAGAUAUUCGAGCUUUAGGAGAACUGGAACAACAAAAAGCAGCUUUAAUUAAAGAGAAAGAAGACUUUAAGAAAGAACAAGAAGAACGUGAAGAAAGAUGGGCUGCAAGACGUGAAGCUUUGGAAGGUGCACAAAGAGAACUGGAAAGAGAAUGGGGAGCACAAUGGAAAGAGUGGGCUGAUGCUAUAGCUGCUUUGGAAACACGACAACGUGAACUACGUUCUAGACGACGUAUAUUGGAACAAGAACGUCGCGACGAGAUGACACAAGUAGAAAAUUUGUAUAGGGAAGUGGCCUCUCUACGAACCACUCUACAGACCAAACACCAUCAGUAUGAAGAAUUCAUAAACAAUCACGAUCAUUUGCAGAAACGCCAACACAAUUGUACUAAGACUGAUGAUACAGUGAGUGAUUGCAGUUUGCCUGAGUCAUGGUCCAGUUUAAAUGAUCAGAAGUCAUUGGAAGCAGUUAAAGAGUUUGUUAAUCAUCACAAAAAAGAAUUGGCUGCUUUAGAGUCAGAAUUACAAAAUAAAGUAAAAUCGUUAAAUGAACAUCAAUCAAGAGUAGAUAAAAUGGAAGUGGAACUGCUAGAGAUGGCAGAUAAGCAAAAGCAAAUGUUAAAUUUUGAGUUUGAAGGUCAAAGAUUACAACUUGCGAAAAGAAGCCAAGAACAACUUCAAGAUAUUCUAAAACGUAAACAGAGCUUGACAUUAAAUUUAAAACGAGCGCUCCCAGCAUCUCCAGGGCGAUCGAGUAGUAGUAGUGAUAUAUUUUCAAGUCGUGAUUUAAAGUCCACUCAAGAUCCCUGCAAUAGGAAAUUGAGAAUAGCUUCGGCUCUUAGUUUAUUACCUUCAGAUUUACCAAGUUCUGGUGAUACCACAGAGACUUUUCAUACAGCAGCUGCAAAUUCCCCAGAGUUGCGAUCGUUUUUCCCUGAAGUAAAUACUACUGAAGAGAAUCCUGAUGUUAUAUUGAAUGAAACAAUUGAAAAGAAUGGUAAGAUAGAGACAGAAGUGGGUAAUGAACAUGAAACUCAAAUCCCUAGUGAAAAGACUGAAGUUGAAACUAAUUCUAAAAACAUUAAUUCAAACUCAGAAAUUAACAGUAAUGUGACUUCAUCAAUUGAAGAGAAAAAAGAAAAUUCAAGUGAUAAAGCUGUUGGAAAAUGUAGUUGUUCAAGUUUAGAAGAAGAAAAAGAUGUAUUUAUUACUGAUAAACAAAUAGAAUCUCAAACAGCCAAUGACAAAGAAUAUCGAAUGCAAGAAAAUCAAGAGAUGAAAAGACUGAACCAAAAAAUAGCUGAACAGAAAAUGUUAGUGAUGAAAUGUUUAGAUGCUAAUACUCCAUCUAGAGAUGACCUAAAUCGACAAAUUAUAGUUCUCCAAGAUCUUCAAAAGCAACAGAUUGAAUUGGAGAUUUGGUUGAUGAGAAGAGAUCAGCAUUAUAAAUUGAAAAAAGGUGCUUCCAAGAUAGCAAUGAUGGAUCCACCGGUUGAUUCUGUUGAAACUGGAUCGGAAGAUGAUAGUAAUUGGAACUCUAAUGGAUCUUCUUUCAGCAAACCAACACCUCUUUUAUCAGUACACAGUAGAUUACAAGAAUCUGAUAGAAAUGCAUUGAGCGAUCAAACAGAUGAACAGUCUACCAGUCAUUCAGUCACUCCAAAGCUACUACCAACUCGAGGUUACUCUUCUGUAUAUCUUACUAGUUUAAAUCGUGGGGAUCGUCUAGGAAGUCCUUAUUCUUUAUCUAUUACACGGUCCUUACCUUCUUUAAUCGCUAGUGAUAGUAGGCCAGACAGUGUAAUUAAUAUGAUAGUUAGCAUACCUUCAUAUGUUAUUCGAGGAGCAGGCAAGUCUAGCCAUUAUGAAUAUGAAGUCCGGAUCGUAGCUCAAGAUGAUAGCUGGACUUUACUACGUCGUUACAGGAGAUUCCAUGAACUUUAUAGUUCCAUGCGGCAAAAAUAUAAUGGCAAGGUCUCUGCAAUUCGUUUUCCUCCUAAAAAAGUUUUUGCAAAAUCCGAAGUUGUAGCACGAGAACGAAGAAAACGACUAGAAGAGUAUUUACGAAGGCUGAUAGAGGUUUGCUCGGAAAUACCAAGUUGUGAGUCACUUUAUAAAUUUCGGAGCAAUUUAAAUAACAUUGAUAAACAAUCUCUUGUAGAAUUUAGCGUUUUCUUUCGACGAGGGACAUUUGAAAGCAGUAAAUAUGGAACUAGCUAAAAAAAAUUAUUAGCUAAGAGCUAAGUUGUAAGCUCUCUAUUAAUAAUUUUGUUUAUUUUAAUUAAUGACAGUUUUCCAUAAAUAUUUUAUCAUUAUCUUGUUAUUUAUUGUUAUACUAUGAGUUAAUAGCUAUGUUGUUAAAAGAUAUUUUACUUUUACAAAAAACUCACGAGAAAUCUCAAAAAGCUAUUUUUCGAUUACUCAAGUAUUAACGAAAUAUCUUUCAAUUAAAUGAAAAGUACAUUUAAUUGAUGGGCACAAUUUUUUAAUUUUAAAAAAAAGCAAGGUCUCAAAUACAAUAUUGUAUAUCAAUCCUGCAUAAUCGCUUUAAAAAGUAUCAGUAUUUACACAAGUUAUAAGCGACAAAAUCACAUUAAAUAGUUGCAUAGAUGAUUAGUUGAAUUAAUAAUGUUAAAAAUAAAAGGAGAAUAAUCUCUAUUGACCUGAUAUACAUAUAUUCGGAAAGAAAUGACUAAGAUAAUGCGAUAUUUUUGGGUCAUUAGAUAUUAGCUUUUUACACUAUGACUGAAAUAUAUUAGAAUAAAUGACCUUCAUAUAUCUGACCAUAUGAUAUUCAUAAAAGAAUCUAUAAAAAAAUACACUAAAACCCUCUAUAUUCAAUUAAAUUGAAGAUAAUUUUUCAACCUUUAGAACAAAAUCAUACCAUUGUUAUGUAAAAUAUUUCGGAAACAAAUAUAUUUAAUUAAAAUAUUACUUAAAGCCUUAAUAAUGUUGCGAUGGACACGAAAUGUAGAAAAUAAAUAGCAGUAUAAUAAUUAUAAAAGAUAAAAGAAUGACCAAUUAAAUGAUACUGUAUCUCAAAUAAUAACAAUGAUGAGAAAAGGUUUAAUUUUGGGUGAAUUUUGAGGAUAUUUUUGAUCAGUCGUUUGAUCUUGCCUAAAUCGUCGUCUUCUUAUUAAUACUAGCAAAUGUUUGUAGUAAAAUCAUUAGAAAUGUGAAUUUAAAGUACCAAGUAUGCUAUUGUAAUUAUUCCCAUGGCUGUGCAAACGGACUCGAUAGAUCCCCUAAGUGUCUAACAGUCCAAGCGUUUUAUAACGGCGCUAACAAUGUUGUUAAAUGUCUAUUUUUAAACAUAAUGCAUUUAUCAACAUAAAUUUUACCUCAUAUUUCAAACCAGAUCGAAAAUGUGCUCACUUAGUUGCUUUUUUAUAUUUAACCUAAAAUUCUGUAAAUAAAAAUAGUAAUUUAACAAAUUACUUAUAUUAAUGGUGUAAACUAUAUCUUCAAAUUGAUUAGUGGAUAUAUAAUAAUUAAUC